GCCGUCACGCGGUCACGCUGUUGCUGUCAGUCAGUUAAGUCACAGAUUUAAUUGUGAACUAACCGCUACAGAUACGUUCCUUUAUUCCGGACGAAUUGAGCCUUCUUUGAGUGAUAAUGUUGAUUCUUAAGUGGGGUGUUGCUGGUGCUGGCAGAAUUUCACACGAUUUUGUCAACGCAACCCAAACUUAUCCCUCAUCUUCACAUGAAUUCGUGGCUGUGGCUGCGAGAUCGCAGAGCAGUGCCGAUAAGUUUGCCAAGGAUCAUGGAAUACCUAAAUCUUACGAAGGAUACGAAGCGCUGGCACAGGAUAAAGAUGUUGAUAUAGUAUACGUUGGCAACCUGAACCCCCAACACUUUGAGACGACAAAAUUGAUGCUUAAUCACGGAAAACAUGUGCUCUGCGAGAAGCCACUGACCCUCAACGAAAAACAGACUAGGAAAUUAUACGAAAUAGCACAAGAAAAAAAGUUGUUCCUUAUGGAAGCAGUAUGGUCUCGAUGUUUUCCUGCUUAUUUGGAAGCGAGGAGGCUAAUGGACUCUGGUGAGAUCGGUGAAGUCUUGUUCGCUUCUGUCAAUUUCGGGUUCCCUUUGCAAAAUGUAGACAGAGUAAA